AUGAUCCUGAAGUCAUCAGUCGACCCCGACCGUCCACACGUGUUGGAUAUCGGGUCAGACGACUCAUUGCGCGAAAAAUCGUGUCAAAAGCAGCUACGAUUGCCUGGCAAGACUCUGUACCUGAAAAUCCUAAAGACGGUGUGGACUGUUCACCCACAGCCCACAGGCGGGCCGCAUAGCCGCAGCAGCAGUUGUGGGCAGCAGCAGAAAGGACAGCCGGCGCCGCCGGUUGCGGCGCUGGCAGCGGCGAUGCAGCAGCAGGGUGUUGCUGUAUUAAGCUGUGGACACGCCAGCGCUUGCAGUAGCGUCCACGGCCAGCAACAUGUUUACCGUAAAAUCGUCGACACGUCUGCGUUUCCGCUGCUGAUCUUCUCUCGUUACAGAUGA